GGCCCCGCCGCGCGGUUGGCUGCGGCUCGCGGGGCUGCGCGCGGGUUGGCUGCCGGGUGGGAGGUGUGCGGGGCGGCGGCCGCGGCUGCCGGGCGAAGAUGGCGGCGGUGACCGCGCUGCGGAGCGGCUGCCGGACCGCGGGGCGCCUGGUUUGUGCUCACCACGUUAGAUCGUGCAGCAGCAUUCGCUUUGUAAAAUCAAAAUAUGUGUGCGUGUUUGACAAAUCUGCCUUCAAGUUUAGUCAUCAACAGCGAUUAUUCAGAACAUCUGCUGUUUCGUGUGGCCAAAUUGUCCAGUUUAAGCUUUCUGAUAUUGGAGAAGGGAUUACAGAGGUGACUGUGAAAGAAUGGUAUAUAAAAGAAGGUGAUAGUGUUUCUCAGUUCGAUAGCAUCUGUGAAGUACAAAGCGAUAAAGCUUCUGUUACUAUUACCAGUCGUUAUGAUGGCAUCAUUAGGAAACUCCAUUACAACUUAGAUGAAAUUGCUUAUGUUGGAAAACCAUUAGUGGACAUUGAAAUUGAUGCUUCAAAAGGUGUUGCCCCAGAAGAAGAUGUUGUUGAAACACCUGCUAUGUCUCAUGAAGAACACACGCACCAAGAGAUAAAAGGUCACAAAACAUUAGCUACGCCUGCAGUUCGUCGCCUUGCUAUGGAAAACAAUAUUAAAUUGAGUGAAGUUGUUGGAACAGGGAAAGAUAACAGAAUCCUUAAGGAAGACAUACUCAAUUAUUUGGCCAAACAAACAGGAGCUAUUCUACCUCCCUCACCAAAGGCUGAAAUUAUCCCACCACUGCCAAAAUCAGAGACAGUGCCAACUGCUCCAAAGGACAAAGCACGCAAAAUUCCUGUACCUGUUUCCAGACCGAUUGUGUUUUCAGGAAAAGACAAAACUGAACCUAUAACAGGUUUUCACAAGGCAAUGGUAAAGACUAUGAAUGCAGCUUUGAAGAUCCCUCACUUUGGUUAUUGUGAUGAGAUUGACUUGACUCAGCUUGUUCAGUUGCGAGAAGAGAUGAAACCUUUAGCACAAAUUCGUGGAAUUAAGCUUUCAUUUAUGCCCUUCUUCAUAAAGGCAGCUUCUCUAGGAUUAUUGCAGUAUCCCAUUCUUAAUGCUUCUUUGGAUGAAAGCUGUCAAAACGUCACAUAUAAGGCUUCGCACAACAUUGGAGUUGCUAUGGACACAGAACAAGGUUUAAUUGUCCCAAAUGUGAAAAAUGUUCAAGUCUGCAGCGUCUUUGAGAUUGCUUCUGAAUUAAAUCGCCUCCAAGCCUUGGGUUCUGCUGGCCAGCUGGGAACAAAUGACCUCACUGGGGGAACGUUCACCCUUUCAAAUAUUGGCACAAUUGGUGGCACUUACGCCAAACCAGUAAUAGUACCUCCUGAAGUAGCUAUUGGAGCACUUGGAAAGAUACAGAUUCUUCCUCGGUUUAAUGGAAAAGGUGAAGUAUUUAAAGCACAGAUAAUGAAUGUGAGCUGGUCAGCUGAUCACCGCAUUAUUGAUGGAGCUACAAUGGCCCGAUUUUCUAACUUGUGGAAAUCUUAUUUGGAGAACCCUGCUUCAAUGCUGCUAGACCUUAAAUAAAGGAAACCAUGGCUAGAAUAUGCCUCUAAAUUUUUCAUAUUAGACUGAAGAAUUACAAAAGCUGGCUUGGCUAGCACAUGCCCUUUGCUACUUACAUUAUAUAACAAUUUUAUGUGGUUAAAAGUUCUCAACAGCUUAAAUCAGUCUAUCAAUUAAUUGUUACAUCUUUUAAUUAGUAGUGCUGUAAUUUCUUCUACAGCCAGCUGUCAAUAGGUCAUGGCGCGACUUCUGAAUGUGGUGAUGGAUUGUCUUUAUUUUGCCUUUUGUAAUACAUAUGGUCAUGAGGCUGGUCUAAAUGAAUCACUGAUCGAUCUACGUCUGCAAUAUUUUUAAACUGAUUAACCGGUUUUGAAGGGAAAAGCUUGCAGUUGUUCUGUGUUGGAAACAUAAAUUUAUUUUAACAGGUAAUAUCCAAAUUCCCAAAAGAAGUUAUGCAAAAAUCAAACAUGAAUAAAAUACCUAUUAUGCUUCUGCUGUAAGA